UUAUAAAAGAGCAUUUUAGCCAAAAAAGGAAGUGCUGUAAAUUCAGACCUAGGAAAUGAAACUAAAACUAAGUCCUCCUUCUUCCUUCCCCGCACCUCCCAGUUAGGCAGUUAGGCACACCCUGUCGUCUUCAAGCCAAUUAAAGCUUGUGUUGAAGUAGAUAAAGAAAAUAAAUAGACUUUCAUUAAAACUAUAAUGAAGAAAAUAUUUUUCUCUAGCAUUGGAGAAGGAAGAAAACACAGAUAUCAGAUGUUUUCUGCACCAAAAGAGAUGAUCUUCCCCUCAUUUAUGUAAAAGAAAAUUGCAAGGCAAUCAGGUGGGAAAGUCGGUGGCCUUCUGUGAUCUACUACAUCACUGCAAGAAGUGGGACACCUUCCAUUUAUUCUAGAGUCAGUUUUGGUAUCAGAAUGGCAAAACAACUGAACCUUCCGGAAAAUACAGAUGACUGGACAAAAGAGGAUGUAAAUCAGUGGUUAGAAAGUCAUAAAAUUGAUCAAAAACACAGGGAAAUUUUGACUGCACAAGAUGUGGAUGGAAAGAUCUUGAAGUGGUUAAAAAAAAAAGAUCUUGUUGAUAUGGGCAUAACACAUGGACCAGCUAUACAAAUAGAAGAACUAUUCAAAGAAUUGCUGAGAACUUCUUCUGAAAAUUCUAUUCAGACAUCUAAGAGGGGGAAAGGCAGUAAAAAUGUUCCUAAAAAACAAACUUUGAUGGAAAAGGAAAGUAGAGAAACUUCACAACAAAAACAACAGGAUAAAGAGAACACAGAUAUGACUAAUGCCUCUACAAUGAGUACAGUUGCUAAAGGUUCUAAGUCACUAAAAAGUGAGCUCAUCGGAGAAGAAAUAGACAACACAAAGGAAAAGCAGCCAUCCGUAGAACUGACAUGUAUAGCAUACCCUUUUGAUGAAUUCAGUAAUCCGUAUCGUUACAAAUUACAUUUUAGUCUACAGCCCGAAACAGGACCACGCAAUCUCAUUGAUCCAGUACAUGAAUUCAAAGCCUUCACAAAUACAGAAACAGCCACAGAAAAAGAUGUUAAGAUGAAAUUUAGUAAUGAGGUUUUCCGGUUUGCUUCAGCUUGUAUGAAUUCACGUACCAAUGGCACCAUUCAUUUUGGAGUCAAAGACAAACCCCAUGGAAAAAUUGUUGGUGUGAAAUUCACCAGUGUUACCAAGGAAGCCCUCAUCGACCACUUCAAUCUGAUGAUACACCAAUAUUUUGAAGACCAUCAGGUCCAACAAGCAAAGAAGUGCAUUCGAGAGCCAAGAUUUGUGGAAGUUUUACUGCCAAAUAGCAUUCCAUCUGACAGAUUUGUUAUAGAAGUAGAUGUCAUUCCACAAUAUUCUGAAUGUGAACAUGAUUAUUUCCAGAUUAAAAUGCAAAAUUGCAACAACAAAACAUGGGAACAAAGUCCAAAAUACUCAGUCUUUGUAAGACAUGGGGCCAGCUCUAAGGACAUCACGAAAAAAGAAGCUGAUUUCAGAGAAUUUAAAUUAGAUUUAAAAACACUGGCAGAGUCCAGGAAAGAAGCAGAAGAAAAAUUCAGAAUGAAAACAAAUAAAAAAGAGAGUGAGGGACUAAAGCUGGUUAAACUGUUGACAGGAAAUCAGGAUUUGUUAGACAAUUCAUACUAUGAAUGGUACAUUCUUGUAAUAAAUAAAUGCCAUCCAGAUCAAACAAAACACUUAGAUUUCCUAAGGGAAAUUAAAUGGUUUGCUGUGUUGGAGUUUGAUCCUGAAUCUGAGAGCAAUGGAGUGGUCAAAGCUUACAAAGAAAGCCGAGUAGCAAACCUUCACUUUCCAAGUCUAUACAUAGAAGGGAAUACCACACCAAAUGAGAAGAUUUCUACUCUGAAUCUUUACCAGCAACCCAGCUGGAUUUUCUGCAAUGGCAGGUCAGACCUUGACAGUGAAAAAUAUAAGUCCUUAGAUCCAAGAUCGUGGCAAAAAGAAAGAGCUUCUGAUGUCAGGAAAGUUAUUUCAUUUCUUACACAUGAAGACAUAAUGCCAAGAGGAAAGUUUUUGGUGGUCUAUCUAUUACUCUCACCCAUAGAUGACCCAGGAGACCCUCUCAUUGAGACUUUCUGUGCUUUCUACCAAGAUCUCAAUGGAAUGGAAAAUAUACUGUGCCUUUGUGUACACCCACACAUAUGUCAGGGAUGGAAAGACCACCUUGAAGCAAGAUUAUUUAAACAGGAAGAGGAAUUUUCAAACCAAUGUAUUUCUGCUUUAAAUCUUGAAGAGAUCAAUGGCACUAUUCUUAAACUAAAAUCUGUGACUCAAUCUUUAAAGAGACUUUUGCCAUCUACUGGUUUGGCGACUGUCCUUCUGAAAAAGGAAGAAGAUAUCAUGACUGCUCUGGAAAUUGUCUGUGAAAAUGAAUGUGAAGGUACACUCUUGGAGAAGGACAAAAAUAAAUUCCUUGAAUUCAAGGCAUUGAAAGAGGAAGAUUUCUAUCGAGGUGGCAAAGUAUCAUGGUGGAACUUCUACUUUUCUUCUCAGAGCUAUUCUUUACCUUUUGUCAAAAGGGAUAAAUAUGAAAAACUUGAAGAAAUGAUUCAAAACUGUGCAGAUUCUUCUAAAUCAGUAUGUGCCAAAAUUAUUCAUUUGUAUCAUCAUCCAGGCUGUGGGGGAACUACCUUGGGUAUGCAUAUUCUCUGGGAACUAAGGAAGAAAUUCAGAUGUGCCGUGCUAAGAAACAAGACGGUGGAUUUUUCUGAAAUUGGAGAACAGGUAACCAAUUUAAUCACAUAUGGAGCAACAAACCAUCAGAAUUACUUACCUGUACUGCUCCUUGUUGAUGAUUUUGAAGAACAAGAGAAUGUCUAUCUUCUGCAGGCCUCUAUUCAAACAGCUGUAACUAAAAAGUACAUUCGAUAUGAGAAACCUCUAGUGAUUAUCCUAAAUUGCAUGAGAUCACAAAAUCCUGAAAAUAGUGCAAAGAUCCCAGACAGUAUUGCUGUAAUACAACAACUAUCUCCCAAAGAACAGAGAGCUUUUGAGCUUAAAUUGAAAGAAAUCAAAGAACAGCAUAAAAACUUUGAAGAUUUUUAUUCCUUCAUGAUCAUGAAAACCAAUUUCAAUAAAGAGUACAUAGAAAAUGUGGUCAGGAAUAUCCUGAAAGGGCAGGAUAUUUCCACCAAGGAAGCAAGGCUUUUUUCUUUCCUGGCUCUUCUUAACUCUUAUGUGCCUGAUACUACCAUUUCACUAUCACAGUGUGAAAAGUUCUUAGGAAUUGCAAACAAGAAGGCUUACUGGGGGACAGAAAAAUUUGAACACAAGAUGGGCACCUACUCCACAAUUCUGAUAAAAACAGAGGUGGUAGACUGUGGGAUCUACUGUGGAGUGCGCAUCAUUCACCCUUUGAUCGCACUUCUCUCACUGGAAGAAUUGAAGAAAAGCUAUCACUUGGAUAAAAGUAAAAUUAUGUUGGAUAUGCUAACAGAAAAUUUGUUCUAUGAUACUGGUAUAGGAAAAAGCAAAUUUCUCCAAGAUAUGCAAACACUCCUGCUCACAAGACACCGUGAUGAACAUGAAAGUGGAACGGGAAAUUGGUUUUCCCCAUUUAUUGAAGCAUUACAUAAAGAUGAAGGAAAUGCAGUGGUUGAAGCUGUCUUGCGUGAAGGUAUCCGUAGGUUCCACCUAAAUGCAUUCAUCUGCCAAGCCUUAGCAAGACAUUUCUACAUCAAAGAGAAGGACUUUAGCAAUGCUCUGCAUUGGGCAAAAGAAGCAAAAAAGGUAGAACCUGACAAUUCUUAUAUCUCAGAUACACUGGGUCAAGUCUACAAAAGCAAAAUAAGAUGGUGGUUAGAGGAUAAUGAAAGAAACAGGAACAUUUCAGUUCAUGUUCUAACUGAUCUUUUGGAUUUGGCAGAACAUGCCUCAAAUGCAUUCAAAGAAUCUCAACAGCAAAGUGAAGACAGACAAUAUGAAGUGAAGGAAAGGUUAUACCAGAAGUCGAAAAGAAGAUAUGAUACUUACAAUAUAGCUGGUUAUCUAGGAGAGAUAGAAGUUGGGUUUUACACAAUCCAGAUCCUCCAGCUCAUUCCUUUCUUUGACAAUAAAAAUGAACUAUCUAGAAGAGAUAUGGUCAAUUUUAUAUCAGGAAGUAGUGAUAUUCCAGGGCAUCCGAACAAUGAAUUUAAAUUAGCCCUCAAGAACUUUAUUCCUUAUCUAACUAAUUUGCAACAGUCUUUGAAAAAGUCCUUUGAUUUUUUUGAUGAAUAUUUCGUCCUUCUAAAACCCAGAAACAACAUUAAGCAAAAUGAAGAGGCCAAAACUCGGAAAAGGGUGGCGAUGUGUUUUCAUAAGUAUGUAGAUAUAUUUUGUCCCUUGGAGGAAUCACAAAACAUAGAUUCUGGAUCAAAGCUCAGUGAGCCACUUCAAGUGGAGAGGUAUCGGAAAAGGCUAGUAGCUUUAAAAGCAGACAAGUUUUCUGGGCUCCUGGAAUAUCUUAUCAAAAGUCAAGAAGAUGCUAUAAGCACCAUGGAAGAGAUAGUAAACAAAUAUACUUUUCUCUUAGAACAAUGCACUGUCAGAAUCCAGCCAAAAGAAAAGCAAAAUUUCAUCUUGGCCAAUAUCAUUCUCUCCUGUAUUAAACCUACCUCCAAAUUAGUAAAGCCAAUUAAAAAACUGAAAGAUCAGCUUCGAGAAGUCUUGCAAACAUUAGGAAUGGCUUCUCGAUAUUCAGAGCCUUAUUUCCUAGCUUCCCUCUUAUUCUGGCCAGAAAACCAACAACUAGAUCCAGAUUCUAAACAAAUGAACAAGUAUGUUCAAUCAUUGGAAAAUUCUUUCAAGGGGCAAUAUAAACGUAUGCAUCGUACAAAGCAACCAAUUGCAUAUUUCUUUCUUGGAAAAGGUAACAAUAUGAACAGACUUGUUCACAAAGGAAAAAUUGAUCAAUGCUUUGGAAAGACCCCUGAUUUUAAUUCCUUGUGGCAGAGUGGAGAUGUAUGGAAGGAGAAAAAAGUCCAAGAACUUUUGCUUCGUUUACAGGGACGAGCUGAAAAUAAUUGUGUAUACAUAGAAUAUGGAAUCAAUGAAAAAAUCACAAUACCCAUCACACCCACUUUCUUAGGCCAACUUAGAAGUGGCAGAAGCAUAGAAAAAGUGUCUUUUUACCUGGGAUUUUCCAUUGGAGGCCCACUUGCUUAUGACAUUCAAAUUGUUUAAGAGCCUGAUCUUCUCCCUCCAAGAAUGUCAUCUCAGUAUCACCUAAUUUUUUUUAGAUCCCAUACCCAUAAUUUAAAUUGGAAAAUUUCUGCCUGGAGUCACUCCACAAGUUUUAGUUGACUUUAUACAGAGCUAUCUCUUUUGGAGUCUUGCUUUCCUGGGUGAUUCUUUUGAAUUCAAAUUAAACCAGUUUAGGCAGAUGUUCUCUCCCCCAUGACCUACCUUUGGUGAAAAAAAUAAUAAAAAAUAAACCUCUUUCAGAUGUUUGCUCUACCAUUGGUAGGGAGUGCAGCUAAUUUCCAGUCUCCAGUCUUGGGGACAACAUGCCUCCUAAAAUCAGGGGGCCACAGGUCAAACUCUCCAAGUGAACCUCUUGAAGGCCCCCUCUCUCUAAGCUCGAAAUGACAUUCUCAUGGGGUUUUGGGAGAACUUUUUCCAAAAGAAUCUCUUCAUAAACCCUUAUUUUCUCAAUGCCAGCAAUGGGUUUAGCCUGUGGGUUAAAUCAGGCCUAUUGCUUGUCUUUAUAAAUAAAGUUUAAUUGAAAUAUA